AAUAAAUAAAACACAGUUCCUAUAUUACGGCUGUAUAGUCCCUUCUUCGCACUUGUUCCAAAUAAUUUUAAAAAUAAAAACAAAAAUUGAAAACUAUCAUCUUUUCUCUUCUAUAAAACCCACAACUUCUUACUUUCUUGUGCAUCCAUAACUCAUCCUUUCUCUAUCUACAAAUAACUCCAAAAAUAUCAAUCUCUCUCUCUUCACAAAACCACAUAAAAAGGGUAGAAAGUCUCAAUCUCUUAGCUCAAGAAUCUCCUUUUUGUGGGUCUCUUCUGUUCAUCAAUGGAUGAGAAAGGAAGAAGCUUCAAGAACAACAACAUGGAAGACGAAAUAGACCUGAAGAGAGGUCCAUGGACAGCUGAAGAAGACUUUAAGCUCACCAAUUACAUUGCUACUCAUGGAGAAGGUCGAUGGAACUCUCUUUCUCGUUGUGCAGGACUCCAACGAACUGGUAAAAGCUGUAGACUACGGUGGUUAAACUAUCUCCGCCCUGACGUCUGCCGUGGAAACAUUACCCUCGAAGAACAACUCUUGAUCCUCGAACUUCAUUCCCGUUGGGGCAAUCGAUGGUCAAAAAUCGCCCAGUAUCUACCGGGAAGAACAGACAAUGAGAUCAAGAACUAUUGGAGAACGCGAGUGCAAAAACAUGCAAAACAGCUUAAAUGCGAUGUCAACAGCCAACAAUUCAAAGACACGAUGAAGUAUAUGUGGAUGCCUCGGCUUGUCGAGAGGAUCCAAUCUGCCGCCGCAUCAUUAACCUCGACCACAGGAUCAGCCACUACGUCAUCAUGCAUCACAACUUCCAACAAUGAAUUCAUGACGUAUGAUUACAACAAUAACAACUUCAUCGGAGAACGACUUGGUGUAAUGAACAACAACGAUUAUAUCACGCCGGAAAACUCCAGCGUGGCAGUAUCUCCGGUGUCAGACUUGACGGAUUACUACAACGCUCCAAAACCGAACCCGGAUCAGAAUUUGAGAGUUUAUGGAACAUUGGAGAAAGUGAUGAAGACUUCUGGUUUUGUCAGCAGCAACAACAGUUCAACAAUAAUAACGACUUCUGAAUACAAAUUAAAACACACUAGAGUCUUUUAAGUAUGUAAAAGGUAUUUGUUCAAGGGAGUAAUUAAGGAUAAGGACUGUGUUUACGAUAAUUAAUUAUGAUAUAUGAUCAGCUUUUUUAUUCCAAGCUUGAUCAUAUACCAUGGGCGUUUAACAAAUCGCUUAAUUUGAUUAGUUUUUUUUUGGGGUGGGGAUUGUAAUGAUAUUUUCUGGAUAACUCAUAAGUAUGGAUGAAGAUUAUUUUAUGAUU